UAGUGUAAUCGUAAUGGCGGAAUAGUCUAUGUACAUACAAUUUUCUAUAGCACAUCUAUUUUACGACCUGCCGAUAAAAUCGGCGGGUCAAAAAACGAAUGGUUUUGGUUAGAUUCUGUGCUGAAACCAUACAGUUGCCAAAUGUGAAUGUUGCCAUACAGUGUAAAAUAUAAUAAAAUAAGAAGUAGGAAACAGUAGUAGGAAAUCUUCUUGAGCCACAAGUAGAAUCGUUUUUUAUAAUUUAAAAUAUUAUCUUAAGACAAGUCAGCUAUUUUUCUAAGGGCAAAAGCGCAAGCGUUUAUAAGUACUUUUGAUCAGGAGCGAAUGCAGUAGAAAACACGGUACAGAAUGGGGCGAAGUCGUACCCCAUCACCAGGAAGAAGAAGGGAUAGAUCCCGAGAUCGUGACAGAGAUCGACGGAGAAGACGGUCACGAGAGAGAAGACGAAGAUCCGUAGAACGAGACAGGGUGAAGUCGAGAGACAGGGACAGGGAACGUGAACGUGAGAGAGACAGACACAGGAGAUCAUACAGUAGAUCCAGAUCACGAGAACGUGAUAGAUCACGUGACAGAUCAAAUAGAACAAAACCAAAACCUCUAACGAAUGAACGACCUGUUAUCACAGAAGCGGAUCUUCAAGGCAAAACGCCCGAGGAACAGGAGAUGAUGAGAAUAAUGGGAUUUUGUGAUUUUGAUACUACUAAGGGUAAGAAAGUAGAUGGAAACGACGUGGGUGCGGUUCAUGUUAUUUUGAAGAGGAAGUACAGACAGUAUAUGAACAGAAAAGGUGGCUUCAAUAGGCCUUUGGACUUUGUCGCGUAAUUCUUCUUCAGUGCAAUUAAGUCAAAUAUACCAUCAAGAUAAAAUGUUCGGUAAUGUCAUCACUGAUGUUUUAAACCCGGAAAAAUUCUUAUUAUCAAAAAAUUUGAAACAAAAGAAAAUGAUUCUUUUUCUGGUUUUCUUGCUAUAUUUUUUUGCCAGGUUUAUUUAUUUAUUUUUUUUUUAGAUGUCAGCUUUAACGCCAAUGAUUUUAAAGUUUCUUCAUUUAAAAACCCUGAUAAGUAAAUAAUCCAUUAAUAAAAUCUGCUGUUAUUAUUAAUCAUUUCUUUGAAAAAAAAAAAAAUAAUAAUAAUAAUAAUAAAUAAAUAAAUAAAAAUAAAAAUCAAAUUUUUCUAGAAAAUUAAGAACAUCCGUAUCUCAGUUUUUUCCGUCGUUUUCGUUCCGAAAAAAGAUUUGGUUUUUUCCGUGAUUUAUGUUUUCGAAAAAUUAAGAACACAGCAUCGUAGACAAGGUAGAAGUAUAUAAAUAGCAAGAUAAUUUUAUAAUUAAUGAGAUAAUUAACGCGUUUAUACUUUAAUAGUUUAACACAACAUUGUGGACACAACAGAAUAUUUAUUAUUAAUAAGCGUGUUCUUGAUAAUUUUUUUUACAAUAUAUAAUUAACUAAAUUUGUAAAAAAACCAGUAUAGAAAAAUAAACGAGGAAUGUAAGUAGACUUAUCUUAAGGCACUUAGGCUUCAAGAUUCUGACGAUCUUCGUGAUCGUUUUGAAGGUGGGGAUUCCGUAGGCGAUUUUAAAGACGAAUCGUUUUUCCUAGAUCGUUUCGAAGAUGGUGGUGUUUCUGCCGUUGAUUCGAUAGACACAUUUAUAUCCGAAUUAGACACAUCGUUGCGACGAGAAUUCUGUGAAUCUAGCUGUUAAAUAUAAUGUCAAAUUAAAUAUUAAGGAAUACUAAAUUUUA